GCCAACCCUCUCCACCCCGGACUCGGGCAGAGGCCCUGGCAGCCCAGCGUCCAUCUGCGCCUCAGGGACAGCAAGGCCCUCCUGGGGCCCCCCGCCGGUCGCCCUUCCCCGGGAUGCGAGUCCCUGCGCCGACGCCCGGCAGAGGCCGGCACGGGCGCGGCUACUCCCCGUGCACAGGGAUGAAGCUGUCCCGGGGGCCCCGGAGACCCGCAGCGGCCAGCCCCGCGGGCCCCUGAGGCUGCCGCCCGGAACGCUCGGCUACUGGGUUCCCAGAGUUGCCUGGGGCAACCUCCCCCACCGCCAAAACUCCUGUGGUCCUCCUUGACCCGGACCCAUGGAGCCGGCGGUCCUGGCCUCGCACAACCUCCCGCACCACGAGCCAAUCAGCUUUGGCAUCGAUCAGAUCCUGAGCUGCCCGGAACCCCCCGGGAGCGGCCUAGGCCCCGGUCGCGCCGGCCAGGGCCAUGCGGAGAGUGCACCGUUCUCGGGUGGAUUUCACGCAACCUCAAGCUACGGUCCCGCGGGUUCGCUGGCCCCGCUACCUGGCAGCUCAGGCAUGGGCCCAGGCGGCGUGAUCCGUGUCCCGGCGCAUCGUCCAAUGCCAGUGCCUCCGCCCGCGGGAAGCGCGCCAGCAGUGCCUGGACCCUCGGGCUUGGGCGGAGCCGGGGGCCUAGCCGGACUCACCUUCCCUUGGAUGGACAGCGGCCGCCGCUUUGCCAAGGACCGGCUCACGGGUGAGAUUGCCCGACCCUCCAGCGUCCAGCCCCACAUUGACCCCUUUUCCUCAUCUUUGAUCCUUCUGCUCCGACUCAAGUUCCCCGUACGCUCCCCGCCCGGAUCAUCCCAGGGGAUCCUCCCCCAACAUGUUUCUCUUGGUCCUGAUGCUCAGAAAGGCAAUGGGGAGGGAGCUGCCGUCGAUGUCCGCGCCCUCCUUUGCAGCCCACAGUCCACACUGCGGGUAGGGCAGGGUGAAGUUCCGGGGGCUGUCUCUUCCUCACCCAAGGGGGAGGGCCAUUUCUUCCGAGGCCCUUUCUUGUCUGGAGGCCUUUGCUGGGAUGGCACCCGGCUUCGGACACCUAGAAGGGCCGCCCUGAAAACCCUGCCCUGUUUCUUCUUCCUCCCCGUAGCUGCACUCUCGCCGUUCUCCGGGACGCGGCGCAUAGGUCACCCCUACCAAAACCGGACCCCCCCGAAGCGGAAGAAGCCGCGCACGUCCUUCUCCCGCUCGCAGGUGCUGGAGCUGGAGCGGCGCUUCCUGCGCCAGAAGUACUUGGCCUCGGCGGAGAGGGCAGCGCUGGCUAAGGCCCUGCGCAUGACCGACGCACAGGUCAAGACUUGGUUCCAGAACCGGCGCACCAAGUGGCGGCGCCAGACGGCGGAGGAGCGCGAGGCGGAGCGGCACCGCGCCGGCCGGCUGCUCCUGCACCUACAACAGGAUGCCCUACCGCGGCCUCUGCGGCCGCCGCUGCCCCCGGACCCACUCUGCCUGCACAACUCGUCGCUCUUCGCGCUGCAGAACCUGCAGCCCUGGGCCGAGGACAACAAGGUGGCUUCCGUGUCCGGGCUCGCCUCGGUGGUGUGAGCGACGCCUGCCCGAGCGGCCGAGAGCUCUCUAACGGACGGAGGCGCCGCGCGGAGUGCCCGGCCCAGGACCAUGGAGCGCGCGG